CUCCCAAAGAAAACUGGGGCCCUAAAAACAGUAACACGGAAACCCAGAAGACGCCCAGCCUGUCCUGCCGCCUGUGAUGGCCACCUCACUACCUGCUUUUCCACAGCGCACUUUCAAGAUUCAACAAAAGCAAAGCUUAGCGGAGACUCUCGGUCCUCCUUAUAUGUCGAACUUCUUUCUCGAAGGAAAAGCCUGAGAACAGCUUAUUCUGCACCGCUGCACGCUAGGUGUUUGUCAUUUGGCCGAUGCUAGCCUUUUCAGUACCCACUUCUUGCUUCCUUCAUUUCGCCUUGGUUCUCUGCUUCUCACCUCUGGGUUUAGCCGGAGACCCUUAUGUCUUUUACGACUGGGCUGUCUCCUACGUCGCGGCUUCUCCUCUCGGCGUUAAGCAAAAGUGGCUGGCUGGCUUCCUUAUCAUCCAAAGUAGGACUGAUUACAAGGCUGGGAGAAUGAAAGGGAUGACAGUGGGCUGGUUAUUCGGAUUACCCGCCCCGAACCUUUAAUCCAAUUCUGGUAAUUGGGGUGAAUGGGCAGUUCCCUGGACCCAUUCUGAAUGUCACUACCAACUGGAAUGUUGUUGUGAAUGUCAAAAACAAUCUCGAUGAGCCUCUGCUUCUCACAUGGAAUGGUAUACAGCAGAGGAGGAGCUCUUGGCAAGAUGGUGUCUCUGGCACGAAUUGCCCCAUCCCUGCUGGAUGGAAUUGGACUUACCAGUUCCAAGUCAAGGACCAGAUUGGGAGUUUCUUCUAUUUCCCUUCAUUGAAUUUUCAAAGAGCAGCAGGUGGUUAUGGGGGCAUCAUUAUAAACAAUAGAGACAUUAUCUCCUUACCAUUCGCAUUGCCAGAUGGAGAUAUCACCUUAUUCAUUAGUGAUUGGUACAUUAAAGGUCAUAAGGAAAUAAGAAAAGAUCUUGAAAAUGGUGCCGAGCUUGGAUCGCCUGAUGGUGUCCUGUUUAAUGGCUUUGGUCCAUACUCCUAUGAUAAUGGGUUGGUACCUGGGGGUAUUCGUUAUCUUAUGGUCAAUGUUGAGCCAGGUAAAACAUACCGCUUGCGGGUACACAAUGUGGGGACAUCUACCAGCCUAAAUUUCAGAAUCCAAAACCAUAAUUUACUUCUUAUUGAGACCGAAGGAUCAUACACAGUGCAACAGAACUAUACGAGCAUGGAUAUCCAUGUCGGUCAGUCAUACUCAUUUUUGGUCACGAUGGAUCAAAACCCUAUCAGUGAUUAUUACAUACUUGCCACUCCACGCUUUGUAAACUCAUCCAUUUGGACGAAGUCCGUGGGUGUUGCCAUAUUACACUACUCAAACUCUCAAGGGCUUGCUGCUGGUCCACUUCCCGACCUGCUAGGGGAAAAUGACAAGUAUUUCUCAAUGAUGCAAGCGAGGUCCGUGAGAUGGAAUGUAUCGGCUAGUGCAGCCCGCCCUAAUCCACAAGGCUCCUUCAAAUAUGGGGAGAUUGCCGUCACUGAUGUUUAUGUCAUUGUAAAUCGGCCCGCAGAGGUUAUAGAUGGGAAGCGGCGCACUACACUUAAUGGGAUUUCAUACUCGGCUCCUACAACGCCUUUGAAGCUUGCAGAGCAAUUCAAUGUCUUGGGCGUUUUCAAGCUUGAUUUUCCGAAUAGAUUCAUGGACCGACCUGCUAAAGUUGAUACGUCUGUGAUCAAUGGUAGUUACAAGGCGUUUGUGGAAAUCAUAUUCCAAAACAAUGACACAUCCGUUCAAAGCUACCAUCUUGAUGGUUAUGCCUUUUUUGUUGUUGGGAUGGAUUAUGGUUUGUGGAGCGAAAAUAGCAGAAGUACAUACAAUAAAUGGGAUGGUGUGGCUCGAUGCACUACCCAGGUGUUCCCAGGAGCUUGGACAGCUGUAUUAGUGUUUCUAGACAAUGCUGGUAUCUGGAAUUUACGUGCACAGAAUCUUGACUCCUGGUAUCUUGGCCAAGAAGUUUAUGUAAGUGUUGUGAAUCCGGAAAUCACGGACAAAACCGAGCUUCCUUUGCCAGACAAUACAAUUUAUUGUGGUGUGCUAUCGGCGCUACAAAAAGACCAAUCACGGAGAAUAAAUUUCUCCAAGGGCGCACCAACAUUUCCAAUAACAGUGAAAACAGUGGUAAUUGCGAUUGUUGCAUCUAUCAUGGAAACUUUGUUACUGAGGUGGUGAACAUACAAACACAAUGUCUUGACUGUUGAAGCACGAAACAAAGGAUAGUCUAACUCGUUUUUGGGUUUUGUAUAUUCUGAAUCUGUGAGAAAUAUAUCCCAGAUUUUGUGAUUCACCAUUGUACAUUAGUCAUGCCAGUGUUGAUGAAUAAUGCUGUACCAGUUUUGUAUAUCCCAGUUACGCAGAUUGCACUACAUGAUUAUUGAAACUUAAGGGAAUGUUAUGUUACAUAGAUGAAUUUGCUUUUAUCGUGUUUGGUACUUUCGUUCACCAAGUUUUUUUUGGAUAACCUGUAAAUAUAUUAAAACUAAGAAAAAA